GUUGAAGACCUGUUUAUUUCAGAAUAAUGAAGAAAUACUGAAACAUAAUUCUCUGCAUUUAUUGGAGAAUCAACAGAAAUUGUUGUGAAGCAAAUCUGUGAAAUCAAAACAAUUUAUAAACGCAUUGUUAAAUUGUUUUCUUGGGGUUUCUACGAAUGCGAACACAUCCUGAAAGAAUAUGGAAACCCACGAUCAGCCAACUGCUAACGGUACUCCUUCUACCGCCAGCACUGUCCCGCCUACCCCUGCCCCGCCUGCUAAUGAUACCGCCGCUCCGACGGUAGUCUCCGCCACACCCAACGGAAUAGGACCAGCUGGUGACCUGAAAGCAGCUGAACAGAAGCCGGUCAACCCUUUGAGGUUGGCCAGACCACUAGAGAAAUCUCAACCAGGUUUGAUCCGAACCACUAUCCCUCCGACCCGACCUAUGCCUCUACCUACCGUCUCUCCUCUCUGCCCCCCUGGCUCCAAAGCUAAACCUGGAGCUAAACCUGAUCAGGUGGAGGGAGCUAACCAUCAGGCUCCAAACCAUGUUACCCCGGGAGCUACUGGAGCACAGGCGCAGGAAACAAAUGCUAAAGAUGAAAUACCUAUAUCUCAACCCUUGAAGCCUACAAUUCAAUCAGAUCUAAAGGAGAUCAAAGUAGCAGCUCCCGCCCCAGCAGCUACUCCUGCAGCUGCUGCUUCCACAACAACAGCUGCUCCCACAGCAUCAGUUGCUUCUCCAUCAACAGCUACUCCCAUCACUACAGCUGCUCCCAUCACUACAGCGGCUCCCAUCACUACAGCUUCUCCUUCUGCUGCUGCUUCUUCUGACAAACCUACCAGUGCAGCAGCUCCCAAGAGUACGCCCCCUGCACCUGCAGUUCCUACAGCUCCUACGGAAGGAGUUGAUGAUCUGAACAAUGAACCUCCUGCAAGACCCAUAAUCCCCAAGAGCGUUGAACCAACGACUAAAACUCCUCCUGCUCCGACUAAAAAAGACGCAACACCAGUCCCUAAACCCGGUUCUCCUGUCCCUAAAGCCCCUACAGUAGCUCCUAAAGCUGCACUGGAGGUCAAAUCAAGCUCUCCUGCUCCUCCGAAGAAAUCCAGUUCUCCUGUACCUCCGAAAAAGUGUAGUUCUCCCGUGCCUCCGAAAAAUAGUAGUUCUCCUGUACCCCCGAAGAAAAAUCUUGAAAAACUUGAGAAGUCUAAGUCUGAAAUAGAAAUGCAAGAAGCUGCUACGCCCCCAGUUCAGAACAAAAAACCAGGUCCCCGAUCCCCAGCGAAGCCCAAAAUCCCAGUUGCAGAAAAAACUCCGCGGCAAAAGCGCAAAAUUGAGAAAGCUCAGGAAGAACCUGUUCCAGAAGAGGAAAAAAGAUCGAGUAAGCGUGCACGUGUGCCGACUGUUAUUUAUGAGAGCCAGGACCCUGAAAUGGAUCAGAUCAUGAAGACGAUCAAGAAGCAGGAGGAGGAGGAGAAGAAGGGAGAUACACCAGUCAAGAAAGAGAGAGUGCCCGCUGAGAAGAAGAAAGUUGAAAAAGAGACUCCCAAGAAGAAAUCAAAGGAUCCAGUUUUUUUCAAGGAUGAAUAUUUAGCUGUGAGAAACCCUGAUGAUGGUUUCUAUAUUUGCAAAGCAUUGCAAAAUAUCUUCAUUGGCUCUAGGAAUAUCAAGAUACAGUGGUUAAGUAACGAGCCCCAUAUUAUCCCCGCCAAGGAUAACCCCCAGGGAGAUAUUUAUGCACCAGAUUUCAACGACAAAACAGGUCAGUUGUGUUUAAAGGGACUGUCAACGAUGAUAACGAUGGUAAUGGUGGUAAUGAAUAUGAUGGUUAUGAUGGUUAUGAUGGUAAUGAUGGUAAUGACUGUAAUGAUGGUUAUGACGGAGGAGAAGGAGAGGAUCAAUAAGAUCUUACAGAGAGCCAGGGAUAAGGCUGCAGGGAAACUUGAUGUGGAUUCUUUACUCACAGAGGAUAAUCCAGAUGGAUGUAAGUAG